AGUCGGCUCCAGGACUGUUCUGAGCUACCUUUACGUUUGUCCCACCAACAAACAGAAGAUAAUGAUGCUCAGCGACCCCGAGGUGGAGAGCGCCGUUCUCAUCAGUUCGGACGAGGGGGCGAGCUUCGAGAAGCACGCCAUUAGCUUCAACAUCCUCAGCCUGCUCUUCCACCCCGCCAAGGAGAACUGGAUCCUGGCCUACAGCCACGACAGCAAGCUGUACAGCUCCACGGACUUUGGGAAGAAGUGGCAGCUGGUGCACGACAACGUGAUGCUGGGUCGAUUCUACUGGGCCGUGAUGGGGCUGGACAGAGAGCCGGACGUAGUCCACAUGGAGACGCGCAUCGCAAAAGGCCGUGCUCAGUACGUGAGGUGCAGAGUGCAGAGGUGCACGGAGGCCAACAGACAGUACCUCUUCCCGGGCCACGUGGACACCAACUCCUUGGUCGUGCAGGACGAAUACGUUUUCACUCAGGUAACCACAUCCGGGCGAGCCAGCUACUACGUGUCCUACAUGAGAGAAGCGUUCAAACGCAUGCAGUUACCUAAAUAUUGUCUGCCAAAGGACAUGCAUAUCAUCAGCACAGAUGAGAAGCAGGUGUUUGCGGCGGUUCAGGAGUGGAACCAGAACCACACCUACAGCUUGUACAUCUCGGACUCACCCGGGGUCUACUUCACACUUUCAUUGGAGAAUCUAAGAACCAGCCGAGGACCGACUGGUAACCUGCUGGUCGACUUCUACAAGGUGGAGGGCAUAAACGGUAUGUACCUGGCCAACAAGCUGGUGGACCAGCACAUCAAGACCUACAUCACAUACAACAAAGGACAAACCUGGGCUCUGCUGCCGGCUCCCGCCACGGACGUGGCCGGGAAUAAUAUCCGCUGCGAAACGCCUUUUUGUUCGCUGCAUCUUCAUCUGGAAAUGUCUGAGAAUCCCUACACAUCCGGACCCAUCACCAGCAAAAAGUCUGUACCGGGAAUCAUUGUGGCGACAGGGAAUAUUGGAACGGAAUUGUCCUCGGACAACCUUGGAAUGUUUAUAACGUCUGAUGCAGGAAAUAGCUGGAGACAGAUAUUCAAAGAGGAGCACAACAUUUGGUUCCUGGACAACGGAGGGGCUCUGCUGGCCGUGUUGCAGGCGCCCACUCCCAUUCGACACUUGUGGAUCAGUCUGGACGAGGGCAAGAAAUGGGACCGCCACACUUUCUCCCUGGCGCCUCUGUACGUGGACGGAGUCCUGAUGGAGUCUGAAUCCGACAAUCACAUUAUCACUUUCUUUGGACACUUCAGCCACCGCUCAGAGUGGCAGCUCAUGAAGAUCGACUACAAGGGUCUGUUCAGUAGGAAAUGCAUGGAUGGAGAUUAUCAGACCUGGUUGCUGAAAAACAAAGACGAGCUGUGUGUGAUGGGUGAGAAGCAGACCUUUAUGAAGCGCCGACCCGGAAACCGCUGCAUGCUGGCCCAAGACUACUCCAGGAUCUAUUCAUCCGAACCCUGCCAAUGCACCACCUACGACUUCGAAUGCGACUACGGCUGGGAACGCGGCGCGGGCGGAACCUGCUCUCCGGCUUUCUGGUUCCGUCCAAACAGCCUGGCUCAAGGAUGCAUCACGGGACUGACCUUCCUCAACAGCACCGGGUAUCGUAAGGUUUUAUCCAAUAACUGCAAAGAGUCCGGGAAGAACGUGUACUCACCCAGGCGGCAGGCGUGUCGUCCCAGACCACCCAGAGGCCUCCGCUUGACCACGAGCGGCGGCGGUGGCGAGCUGAGUGCUGGCGUUGGAAGCAACGUCACGUUCAUGGUGCACCUGGAAGAAGGAGACUCGCUGAGGACCAGCAUCCAGCUCGACUUCGGGGACGGCAUCCGGAUCACUUACUCCAACCUGAGCCGGGCCGACGACGGCAUCAAGCACAUCUACAGAGCGACCGGGAUUUACCGCGUCACCGCCUCGGCUGAGAACAGUCAAGGAUCUGACAGCUGCACACUCUUCUUGCACAUCACCAGUCCAGUGGAGCGUGUUUAUCUCUCUGCUCCCAUCGUGGCCGUCAGGGGGAAGGAGACCAACUUGACCGUGGUGGUUUGGCCGAGUCACAUUCGAACGUUGACCUUUUUUUGGUGGAUUGCCAACAGCUCCGAGCCUAUCAUCACACUGGAGGGGAGUAUCUCCUACACGUUCCAGAAGGAGGGAACAAACAAGGUCACCGUCCAGGUGGCUUCUGGGAGCACUGUGAUGCAGGACUCCAGAGUCCUAACAGUGAAAGAGUUCUUCAGGUCGCUGCUGUUGUCAUUCUCGCCGGCGCUUGACGAGCACAAUCCUGACAUCCCAGAGUGGCGGGAGGACAUAGGCCGCGUGGUGCAGACGGCUCUGUCACAGAUUUCUGGUGUUCCUGCCAACCAGCUACUGGUUUCUUUGUACCCCGGACUUCCCACCACAGCGGAGCUCUUCGUCCUACCUGAUGGGCUCACGCCACACGAGCACAAGAGACACACGGAGGAGGAACUCCAAAGGAUUUCAGAUGUUUUUGUCAACAUACUGAACCAAGACCUGGUCCAGUUUGAGCUGAAGGCAAACACCAGCAUCACAGUGUACAUCACUCAGCAAACACUAGCACCGCUCGUGGACUCCAGCGCCCUUCACAGUGGGUCGGCCAUGUUGGUGCUGAUCUCUGUGGUCUUUGUCGGCUUAGCUGCGUUCUUCAUCUACAAGUUUAAAAGGAAAAUCCCGUGGAUCCACGUGGAGACGGAAGAGAGUCGGGAGAAAGAGCCCGAAGUGAUCAGCACAGUCAGUCAGAACGACAACAUGUCCAAGGUCAAGCUCAGUGAGUUUCCCUCGGAGAAGGAAUUCAUGGGAAAAGAGCUGGAGGCCAGGAAAAGAGGAACAGCAGGAAGGAACAUGGAGAGAAUUGUAACCAGGGAAUACCCAAACUGUACUAACGUCUAAGACGUGCACACUGUUGCCCAGUAAGUACAGAUUGUCGUCUAUCAAUUGUGCUGCAAAUUGUUCGCUUUCUUAGCUUUUUUUUUUAACUACCAUUAGUACUUAGUCCAUGCUGAUGGUCGCUAUACUGUAAAUCAUGUUUUCAACUCUAAUGCCUAAUAAAAGUAAAUAUCUACUUUACACUACUUGAUAAGGAUUCAUCCACCAAGCGAGACUGUAUAAGAACUGUUGCACGGCCUCAUGAGGAAUUUUAGUAGGAAUUUGUACAAAAAUGUAAGCUUCAUAUUACAUUUAAUGUGUACUGUUUUUUUUUUUAGCACACAAUAGUCGUAAACUGAAAAAAAAAAACAAAUUUAGACUUGCUGGGCUGAAAGUAAAAUAAAUCAGAACAUGAUUAGCAAUGUUCAAGUAACACAUGUAAAAAUAGGUUGACUAUUAGGACAUAAUA